AUGCAAAACUCAUGUACAUCCGUCGUGAAUAAGGUUGUCGUUGUUGGAGGAGUUGCUGGAGGCGCCUCUGCUGCCACUCGACUUCGAAGAAUUUGCGAAAAGGUCAACAUUGUCUUGUUUGAAAAGGGAAAGAAUCCAUCUUUUGCAAAUUGUGGAAUGCCCUAUUACCUUGGAGGUCAAAUUGCAUCCAGAGACAGUUUAAUUGUUACCGGAGUAGAUACUCUCAGAAAGAGAUAUAACAUUGAUCUUCGUAUUGAAACAGAAGUGCUUGCUAUUGACCGAGCACAAAAACAAGUGUUGUGCAAGACACCACUUCGAGAAUAUUCAGAGUCAUAUGACAAGUUGAUUUUGUCAACUGGAGCUGAGCCAAUUAUUCCACCAUUGGAAGGAGUGAAGAAUCCAAAUAUUCACAUUUUACGUUCUCUCGAAGAUAUGGAUCGAAUUAAGCAACAUGUUAAACCUGGAAAGAGAUGUGUGAUAAUUGGUGCUGGGUUUAUUGGAUGUGAGGUUGCUGAAGCAGUCACCCAUGCUGGUGUUAAGGUUAGCAUUAUUGAAUUACUAGAUCAAGUCAUGCCACCAAUGGAUAAGGAAAUGGUAACUCCUCUCCAAAAUGAUUACAGAUCGAAUGGUGUGGAUUUGUUGCUUCAAGAAAAGUGUGUCAAAUUCUCAGAAGGAGAGAAUGGUAGUGUCAAUGUCCAUCUCGAAAGUGGAAAAAUUGUGAACGCUGACUUUGUUCUUCUCUCCGUGGGUGUCAAACCUGAGAAUAAGUUAGCUGUUGAAAGUGGAUUACAAGUCGGUCCUCGUGGUGGUAUUGUGGUCAAUGAACAUUGUCAAACCUCAGAUCCUGAUAUUUAUGCAUGUGGAGACAACACUGAAAUUGAAGAUUUUGUGUUGAAGAAUAGAACUCAAGUUCCGUUAGCUGGAAUUGCCAAUAGACAAGGAAGAAUUUGUGUGAAUCACAUCUUUGGUAAAACACCAGAUAGUUUCAGAGGAGCUCAAGGAACAUCCAUCAUGGGAGGAUUUAAUUAUACUGUGGCUAGCACUGGAGCAAGUGAAAAAUCUCUUCAAAGAGCAGGAUACACUUCCUAUGACAAGGUCUACACUCCAAUUAACGAUCAUGCUGGAUAUUACCCUGGUGCCAAGAGAAUGAUCAUCAAGUUGAUCUUUGAUACCUCUAAGGAACGAUAUGGAAAGAUUCUAGGAUGUCAAAUUGUUGGCGAACACAACGGAAUUGCUAACAGAAUUAAUGCAGUAGCCAUGGCCAUUCAAGCUGGAAUGACUGUGUUUGAUCUUGAAGAAUCUGAGCUUGCUUACUCACCACAAUAUGGCUCAGCAAAGGACCCUGUGAAUAUGAUUGGUUUUAUUGCAUCAGGUGUCUUGAGAGGAGAGCAACGAAUGGUUCAAAUUCCUCAAGUGUUGGCCAAUCGAAGCGAUUAUUAUUUGGUUGACGUGAGAACACCUAAGGAGUGGCAAUCUGGUCAUUUUGAGGACGCUGUCCACAUUCCAAUCGAUGAUUUGAGAAAUAGACUCUCUGAGCUACCAAAAGACAAGAAGAUUGUGACCUAUUGUAGAAUUGGAAUGAGAGGAUACAUGGCUCAAAGAAUUUUGAAUGAAAACGGUUUUGACAAUGUCCUUAACCUUGCAGGCGGUUUUGAAACCUAUGAGAGGCUCUACAAGUAA